AUUAGCAAAAUAUCUUAACUGAGUCUCUUAUUGAGGAUUUGAUCAGGAACCAAGAAGCAUGUAAAAUAAGAAACACGUGAAAUAAGAGUGCGUGGAAAUAUAUAAUUCAAUAUUGUUUGUGUAACAUGGCUCUGAAAAUGCAGGUGUCAAUUUUGGUUGUCCUUUGCAUUUUCCAAAUAUGUCACAUUUCUGCACAAAUAUUUCUUUCUCCGAUCGGAUCUCCAUGCACCUCAAGCGAGCAAUGUGUCUCAAACUCUGAUUGUGUUCAUUCCACAUGCACCUGCAAACCAGGAUUCACGGAGCUGUCUUCCCUCGAAUGUAAGAUGGACUAUGAAGGUAAAUGUUCAAAAGAAGCCGACUGCAACACCGCCAUGGGGCUGCACUGCAUCAACUCGAUCUGUCAAUGUUCCCAACUUCCCGGCCAAAAAGAAGAAUAUCUUUUCGAACUUGGAUCCUGCAUGAAUUCUUCGAUGCGAAUUAUGUACCAAGACGUUAUGACACUUAUAAACAGGACGGAAUUCGAACUGAUGCGUUUCACCACUCUCUUCAACGUUUACAUGAUCCAAGCAACCUCCACGUCAGGUCUGCAAGACUCGAACAAUGACCUCGACAGCCUCGUCCUCCCAAGCGACAUCAACCCCGUCGUGUACGAACGUCUGCAACAAUUGGAACAACAUCUUUUCGCGGAACAGAGCCCGAUUCCUGCCAUUGUCCCAGCUCCAACAUCGCCACCAAGUUCGACCAGCGCCCAACCGGACACCAGGGCACAGUUGGAAGCUCCGCAAACAACGGUACCAGUGGUUACGAUUCCAAACCUGUUGGACGGGUUAUUUACAAGGAAUGAAACUCCGAAUGACGCCACAAUUGUGCCACCAUCACCAGAAUCGCCACCACCAGCUUCCCCAAUUCUGCCAAAUCCUUUCCAAUUUCCCUCCACGGGAAAUCCCAACCUUAAUGGUGACGGGUUGACCUCAAUAAUUCCAAACUUUAUCAGAAUGUUUGCCCAAUUUCUUCCAUUCGUUCAGAGUUUUAAUAAUGUCCUCACUACGGCAAUUUUAAGACCUUUCCAAAGGAAUCAGCAGCAGCAGCAACAACAACCAGCCAGACCAUUUUUAGGAGGACUUUUUAACAGUUUGAGUACUCCGAUACUUCCACAAAUUCCAGGAGGGGGCGUGGACCAGGGGGGAGUGAACGUAAAUCAGGACAGGGUUCGCGCAAAUUUGUUGUCCCUGCCGUUCCGACUUCUUCAAGUUCCGGGAAGAAUUUUCAACUCUUUGUUCGGACCAAAUUCUGCCCUCGCCCAGUUGCGACAGCGACUUUUGCCAAAUGUGGAUUUUGAACAGAGAGCGUUCCGAUUCCUUCCUUGGCCACUGGGCUAAAAAAUCUAUAUACAACAAUAAAUAUACUUAGAUAAUAUAUAGAUUAAGUUUAGUUACUUUUUGACAAAUAAGCAAUCAAUCUUAUAAUUUCGUUCGUACAAAAUAAAAAGAGCUUUAUUAUGAAAAAUG